AGAGUGCGCGCAUGCGCUAUGCAGACAUCUACGGCAAGCAACGCAACAUGGAGGCCUACCAAGAUUACGAAGGACAUGCCACAAAGCGUCAAAGAACAGAUGCAGGAGGAAGAGGGAUACAAUCUGGAGCUAGGGACUUAUUUGAGGAACAGCACAAAAAUUUACCAUCAUGUGUCAUCCAUGUAAGCAACCUUUCCGAGAAUGUGAGUGAUGUAGAUGUGGUGGAAGCCAUGCAGCAUUUUGGAAACAUCAGCUUUGUUCAUCGAAUCGCGAAGGGUGUGGCUCUCGUGGAGUUUGAGGAUAUUAAGAGCGCCAAAAGUUGUGUUGAAUUCACACUGGCUCAUUCAACUAAUGUUAUUAACGUAGGAGGAAAGGCGGCUACAGUUGACUACUCAAACAGUGCAAGGAUCAUCCGACCUGGAGAAAAUGACAGCGAGGCAAACAAUGUACUUCUUAUGACAAUUGUGAGACCCAAGUUCAAUAUCACCACGGAUGUCAUUCAUACCAUCUGCAAAAAAUAUGGAAAUGUCCUCCGUAUUGUCAUCUUCAGGAAGAACGGGACCCAAGCCAUGGUGGAGUUUGACAGCAUUCAGAGUGCGACACAAGCCAAGCAGAAUCUGCACAACUGUGACAUCUAUGCUGGUUGUUGCACACUCAAGAUUGACUAUGCAAGGCCUAAAACCCUUACUGUCUACAAGAAUGACGGAGAGACAUUUGACUACACUAAGCCUGGUUUGAAUGCAGCUGCCCAAGGUCGUGCACUUCUUGAAGAUCCCCCUGAACCUGCAUACAAUGGACCUACUCAAAUGAGGAGGGAUGGAGGUGGACCUCAGUAUGGUGAUUAUGGAAUGCAAGGUCCUCCCCAGGGUGGACGACGCGGUGGACCUCAAGGUUACCAUGAUCAGGGAUAUGGACCAGGAGGACCCCGUGGGUACCCUGCUGACCGUGGAGAUUAUGGUUACGGUGGUGGACAUGAUAUGAUGGGCAUGCAGUCCCAGCAGAUGCACCAGCUAGGCAAUGGUAACCCAGUGAUUAUGGUCUACAACAUGAACCCCAGUCAGAUGAACUGUGACAAACUCUUCAAUCUCCUCUGCCUCUAUGGCAAUGUGAUGAAGAUCAAGUUUAUGAAGAGUAAGCCUGGUUGUGCUAUGGCCGAGAUGUCAGAUGCCCUAUCAGUGGAGAGAGCUAUUACUAAUCUCAGCAACAUUGAAUUCUUUGGCUCUGCUGUCCAGCUUUCUUUCUCCAAGCAAAGCUCUGUUGCCCUGUCUCAGGUGCCAGGUGAGCUUCAUGAUGGUACACCUUCCUGCAUGGACUACACCAAGAGCCGUAACAAUCGCUUCAGGAACAAGGAGGCAGCAAGCAAGAACCGUAUUCAGCAGCCAUCCAAGGUCCUGCAUUUCUUCAAUGCUCAUCCAGAAAGUACUCCACAGACCAUCAAACAGGUCUUUAUCAAUGCUGGUGCCAAUGAGCCAAUCGCAGUGAAGAUGUUUGAUCAGAAGUCUCGGGAUCAAGAUUCCUCCAAAGCUGAUCGAAGCAGGACUGGAUUGGCAGAAUGGACAGACCGAGCCUCUGCAGUGGAAGCCCUGUGUGUGGCUAACCACCACAACAUGGAAAACCCUGGUGGCAAAUGGCCUUACAUUUUCAAGCUCUGCUUCUCCAACAGUCCACAUGCCCAGUAAGAUGCCAUCAUUGGGUUCUCCUCAGCGAUCUUGUAUUAGACUGCAAAAGAUUGAAAAAAGAAGAAUAAAAUCUCAUAUAAAAGAUGUGCAGAUUCAGUACAAUUUAAGUGAUUUUCAUUCCAUACACUAUCAUCUUAUAGACAAAAGUUUGGUUAAAUAGGGGUAGACAAAAAUUCUGAUCACAAUAAUUAUAACUUAUUUGGACUGUUGUAUUUUACGUAAUGCAUUUCCAUACUUCGGUGGGCAACGUUGCUUCACAUUUAUUGAUCGAAGCAUUUUAUAUUGUAUACAUGUAGGGAAUGUUUUGUUUCUAAUGCACCUUUUUAAAUGUAGUAUUCAGUUAAAGUAAAUUUGUUUUGUGUCGGUCGUCUUUUAGGGAGGAGUGUAUUGUAAUUUUUCCCAGUUUCUAAUCACGGAUAGGAGCAGAGAUUCUUACAGCAUAGAUGUAUAGGACAUUCAUUGUUAAAUCACAAAUUACACAUUAGAAUGUCAGUGCAAGAGUCAUUGUUUGUAUCAAUCAUUUCAACAGUUUUUUGUUCCUAUUCUUUGCCUUUUUCUUGUGAAAAUAAUGAAUGUAAAUAAAUAAGAUGAGCUGCCGAACAAAGCCAUUUAUACCUUCAUGACAAGUGUUUUGUUUUCAGUUUUGAAAUUCACUCAUUUAAUUUUGCAGCUUGCACAGUUUUACCACAUCAUGAUGAUCAAUAUACAUGUUUAUCCUCUCAUGCUCAAUCACUCCUGUAUACAUAUUAGCAUUUAUCUCUAAUAAACCCAGCUGUGAAUUAUAAGGGUAAGGCAAUCAACCAUCUUGUAUUACACACACACAUACAUAUUGGUGUACAAAUAUACAAGAUGUGUGAAAAGUGUAGUUUUUGCUGGUAUGAGCACUUGAGGCACUCAAUGUGUUUAGGAUGGUAAGACCAAUCUGUAUACAGCAUAGCACACAAUCUUUAUCCCAGUACUUUCUGACCUGUAUUCUGAACCUGGGUUUAACUUUAACCAUGUAGUCUUGAGAUAAAAUGUGUAGCCGAAUGUGACAGUCUCUAUCCUUAUUUAUCAUCACAUAAGGCAUUUAAAACAUUAAUAAAUGUGUUGAAAUGAUAAAUGCAAUAGUUUUCUUCACCAAUGGGGCAAGGAUUCCAGAAGAAUACAAGAAGCAUUAUAGUCCAUAGAGCUAUUUCUUUGUUUGUUUGACAAUUCAAGCUUCCCAUAAUUUUUGCCCACACUUAACCAUGGGUUUAUUGUUCAGAAUAUGGGCCUUUGGAUUUUUGUACAAAUAUAGUCUUCAUGUUAUGGAAAUAAAAAAUAACAUGUAAAAGUACCUGAAUCUGAUGUAAAUCUUUACCUUUAGUCACAUGUGUAAAGAGCAAUGUAAAGUGCUCUUUCAGAAAGGCAUCAGUAAGUGUAACAUUUAAUGCAUGUUACACAUCCUGUUUUAAAUGUUAAUUUGCAUAAGAUGGAUACUGGUUUGUUUCACUGUCAAACGUAAAACAUUUGCAUUAGCAUGACCAAAGAAUACUGUUAUACUGGAGUAUGAUGUAUGUGUCCAUGGCAGAAAAGGGAUUAGUACUUAUUAUCCUUGUACAUAUUUCAGGCUGAAUUAUGGAAACUGGCAAUUCAAUAAUAAAAAAACUUUUGUUUCAAUAUCCACACCUUUGCAUAUCACAUUUUGUUUUGAAAGACCAGUUGAUGAUAUGCCUACAUGAAUUUGAAUUGAGUGUCAUAAUUGAACUGAAAUGUUUUUUCACAAUGAAAAUGAAGUGUCAAAUUUUCUUAAUCCUGGGUUUUAACUUUCAGUGUUAAAAUGUUUUGCUCAAAUGUGGGUUUCAUGCAACUCUCACAGCUUAAUUGAACAACCCUAGACUGGUUGUAUCUAACUCCAAAUACCUGUGAUUUUGAUCUCUAUAAAUUUCAUUAUUGGAGAAACGCAACUACCGAUACUGUGUCUAGCUCUACCAUACAUAAUUUUUUUAUAACCGAUUUGGUGAAAUUCAAUCUUUACGUACUCACCUCAUUGAAAAAUGAUUUAUUCCAUGGUUGCUUGUUUGGUCUUGUAUAUGUUAAAACACCCUUUUUAAAAUAUGAACUAUACAUGUACCUUUGCUCCUUAUUGCAUUUAAUAAAUUUGUUUCUUUGAAAUGAUAAA